AUUACAAACCCGGUAGCAGAAGAAGAGUAACCUUUAAAAAGUAAAAAUAUUUUACUACUUUUCUAUAGAAAUUAUGUCGAAACCAAUUACUUUCGUUACCGGCAAUGCGAAAAAACUGGAAGAACUUGUCGCCAUCCUCGGAACAGAAUUUCCCCGAAAAAUACAAAAUAAGAAAAUAGAUUUGCCAGAGCUGCAGGGUGAAAUCGACGAUAUUUGCACAAAAAAAGCAUUGUCAGCUUAUAAUUUAGUCAAAGGGCCGGUGCUCGUUGAAGAUACCUGUUUGUGCUUCAAUGCUUUUAAAGGUCUGCCUGGUCCUUACAUUAAAUGGUUCCUGGAACGACUUGGACCCGAAGGGUUGCACAAAAUGUUGACUGGUUACGAUGACAAAUCCGCUGAAGCUGUGUGCACUUUUGCUUACCACCCUGGAGGAGAAGAUGACCAAGUCAUUUUAUUUCAAGGAAAAACUAAGGGAGAAAUAGUUUCACCAAGAGGACCCAGGGACUUUGGUUGGGAUCCUUGUUUUCAACCUAAAGGUUACGAACUGACUUAUGCUGAAAUGAAAAAAGAAGAAAAGAAUAAAAUAUCACACAGAUAUAGGGCUUUGGAUUUAUUUAGAAAUCAUUUUAAUGAUAAAGAUGAGGAAAGUCCUUCCAAAAAGCUAAAACACUAAUAAUGUAAAUAAUUUUAUUUAAUUAUUAAUAAAG